AUGGGCAAUGUGUGCACAUGGAGACAAGGGAAAGAAAAAGCAGGUGAAGAUAAUUCACAAGUAAUAAAAGAUAAAGAAUUACAAAACGAGUUUAAAACAUUCGAACAAAAAAUGAGAAAUAAUAAAAAAAAUGCUCAUGAAGGAGAUAUGAAUAAUGAUGGUGAAGAUGAUAGAUAUAAAUUUUCCAGAGGUUUUUCAUUAAGUAAAAAACCAGGCAAAACUAAAAUAACGAUUACCAAAACGGAUAGUGAAAUAUUAGAUGGAUUGGAUUAUUCUGAAAUGAGUAAACAAGUUCUUAUGACUUUAAAUAAAAAAAAUAUACUUAAUGAAGAUGCUUCGAGCGAUGGUAACGACACAGAUUGUCACACCAUGUUCGAUAGAAAAGAAAUAGAGAGAAAGGUAUUGGAUUUAGAAAGUAUUCAUUUCAUACAGAAGAAAAGAUUAUCUGUGAGUGCAGAGGCAUAUGGUGACUGGAAUAAAAAGAUUGAUAAUUUUAUUCCUAAGGUUUAUAAGAAAGAUGAAAAAGAAAAGGCCAAGAUAAGAGAAGCAUUGAAUGAAUCGUUUUUGUUUAAUCAUUUAAAUAAGAAAGAAUUUGAAAUUAUUGUAAAUGCAUUUUUUGAUAAAAAUGUAGAGAAAGGUGUUAAUAUUAUAAAUGAAGGAGAUUAUGGAGAUUUAUUAUAUGUUAUAGAUCAAGGUGAAGUUGAAAUCUAUAAAACAAAAGAAAAUAAUAAAAAAGAAGUAUUAACAGUAUUAAAAUCUAAAGAUGUUUUUGGAGAAUUAGCCUUAUUAUAUAAUUCCAGAAGAGCUGCAUCAGCAACAGCUUUAACUAAAUGUCAUUUAUGGGCCUUAGAUAGAGAAUCUUUUACAUAUAUAAUCAAAGAUAUGGUUGCAAAGAAAAGAAAAAUGUAUGAAGAUAUUCUUAGUCAUGUAAAUAUAUUAAAAGAUAUGGAUCCAUAUGAAAGAUGUAAAGUUGCUGAUUGCUUGAAAUCUAAAAGUUAUAACGAUGGAGAAAUUAUUAUUAAAGAAGGAGAAGAAGGAGAUACAUUUUUUAUACUUAUAGAUGGAAAUGCUGUCGCUUCUAAAGAUAAUAAAGUUAUCAAAACAUAUGCAAAAGGAGAUUAUUUUGGAGAAUUAGCUCUUCUCAAAAAUAAACCAAGAGCUGCUACUAUAAAAGCACAAAAUUUUUGUCAAGUCGUCUAUUUAGAUAGAAAAAGUUUCAAAAGAUUAUUAGGACCCAUUGAGGAUAUAUUACAUAGAAAUGUUGAAAAUUACAAACAAGUUCUGAACGAAUUAGGUUUGGAUACAACUUGUAUUGAUGAAAAUUAA